UGGCAACGUUGGCUAGCUAAACGCAUGCGCGGAGAAUGUCAUUGGUCUAACGGUCGCCUCGCGAUGAACCGCGCAAGUGCAGGCCGUCAACGCAAAAGGCACUGCUUCGAUAGUGUUUUUUUGACGAAUUUCGAGUAAUAACACGUUAAUCCAUUGAAGACAUUGUCUCGAAUCUAGGUAUUGCCUUUAGAAAAUGAACAAAUAAGUAAUAUUUUUUAACUUCUUCCAUUUACUUCUCCAACCCAAAACCCUGGCCUGGUCUACUUUUAGUCUGCUUCGAACGCUUGCGCUUUUGCGUCUCUGGGUUUAAAAAACUCUGUGUCCACACCUUGGCUCACACACCGCGACGCAAGGUGACGUUUAAUUGCACCGACGUCAAACGUUGCCCUCCACCAUGCGUAUUAAAUGUAUUGUUGUUGGAGUGGUUGUUAUGACUGGACAAGGCCUCGGUUUAAAUUAGGAGACCCCGCCGUCGCUGCCACGGUAGACCUGCCGAUGGAGGGCAUGGACAUAGACCUGGACCCGGAGCUCAUGCAGAAAUUCAACUGUAUGGGCACCACUGACAAGGAUGUCCUCAUCUCAGAGUUCCAAAGACUGCUGGGGUUCCAACUCAACCCGGCAGGAUGCGCCUUCUUCCUUGACAUGACCAACUGGAAUCUACAGGCAGCCAUCGGUGCGUAUUAUGACGUUGAGAGUCCCAGCAGCAACACACCAUCCAUGUCCUUUUUGGAGGAUGUGACGAUUGGUGAGGGAGAGUCUGUUCCCCCCGACACACCGUUCACAAAGACCUGGAGGAUACAGAAUACAGGUGCAGAGUCAUGGCCACCCGGGGUAUGUCUGAAGUACAUUGGAGGGGACCAGUUUGGCCACAUCAACAUGGUGAUGGUGCGCUGUCUAGACCCCCAGGAGAUCUCAGACGUCAGUGUGCAGAUGCACAGCCCUGUGUCACCUGGCAUGUACCAGGGCCAAUGGAGGAUGUGCACAGCCACAGGACUGUUUUACGGAGACGUGAUCUGGGUGAUCCUCAGUGUAGAGGUGGGGGGCCUUUUGGGCGUGACACAGCAGCUGUCCUCCUUCGAGACAGAGUUCAACACGCAGCCACACCGCAACGUGGAGGGAGACUUCAACCCCUUCGCCUCGCCACAGAAGAGCAAACACAACUCCGGAGACCACAACAACUUGAAAGACCCCGGAGGAGCCUGGGAGGGCACGCAGGACGCCAUCCAGCAAGAUCAAAACGGACUGUCUCACAAUGCUGUAAAUAGAGCAUCGAAUGGGCUCCAAAGCAAUCUAUCAGUAGUGACUUACAGUCAGGUCAUCAGGCUGAUGAUUAUCCCGCACCCCUGUCACCGUCGUCUCGCGCACCUGCGCCUCAUGACACUCACCUGGACUCCAUCCCUCCUUGAUUAUCUUCCCUACAUCUCACUCCCCUUUUGUUCUUUCCUCGGGUGUUAUUGACUCUGUUUUCAUGUCGGUGCGUUGUUUCGUGUUCAUUGUUUAUUUUAUUCAUAAAAACACUCACUCUCUGAACUUGCUUCCCGACUCUCAGUGCACACUCGUUACAAUCUCGGUAUAAAUAUGAAUUAUUCUUGGUAUUGAAAUGCGGGUAGAUUUUGGGGAAAAUAUUCAUCCAUAGUACUUAAUUGUUACUGAGAAAUGAUUUGAUAUUGAGAUAAACACGGCUGCAUUGGCCCUUUUUUUUAAAGUCUUGGACUAAAGCAUUCUCGGUGGAGGUUCUCCUUGUAUUCAUAAUCUGUGUCUGGAAUACCAGCCCUAUAUGUCAGUUCAUGGUUAAAAUAUCCUCACUGAGCAACAACAUCCACCACUACAGCUGCUGUACACCACCUGCUUUGCCAAGUUUAUUGCCCUUAAUGAUGCAAGUCAUUUUUGUUUUUAUGGAUUUACCUGUAUAUAUAUGAUAACCCUCUAAAUCACCUCAUAGUUCUGUUAUGGCUGGCCUUUUUUAUUUAUUUUAUUCCAGACUGUAAAUGUACUGCCACUCCUGGCUGGGUACACCUGACUGUUCAGAAACCCAUGCCUCUGUUGCUCAUUCACAGCUUUUAUUGGCUCAAUAAUGGACUGAGGUACUGCUGAGCUUAUCUUUCUGAGGAAUACACAUGUGCUUUAUGUAAGGGCCUGCCCUGUUCAGGAGUGUGCUGCUUCCUUACUGGCCUGUGACACAGGAAACGUAACUUUUGCAAACCUCAAACUCCUAUUAAAUUCAAUGAAAACCUGGGCGUAAGCACACCGACUCCGCAAGAGGCAUGCGCCGUUCAGCGUAAAAUUGUGCACUGUGUUCUGUGUCUCUCCCCAGGGUAUUCAUGGCCCCUAUCCAUUUGGCCAGAGUUAAAAAGAUGGAGAUCCAGGCGGUGCUGAACUGACCUGGGUAUGUUGAGGCAGGGGCACCGGAGAGGGGAGUGACACAUUUCAUACAGACUCCAGACAACCCUCUUCCUUGCCCCCAAUCCACCAAAACACAAGCUACAGAGAGAACAAGGAUGUACCUACCCUAGCGAAUAACCCCCUACCAACAUCAUCAGCACCUUCCUGAGAUAUGUAUGUGUAAAUGCUACAUAAUGAGUGCUAUAAAUCCUAAAAAAAGUUGUCAUACUACUACACAGCUGUUUUUAGUUUUCUUUCUUAUUUUUUAGCUGUCAACACACCUCAGUGAGUAAGGACUGCUGGAUGAGUUUAGCAAAGGGAUGGAUGCGUGUGAGUUUGAGCAAAUGACGUGUGAGUGAAAAAAGCCAUUAAAACUAUUUUGCCUGUUGAGCAAUUGUACAGUUGAAGUCGAAGUUUACCUACACUUAGGUUGGAGUCAUUCAAACUCGUUUUUUAACCACUCCACAAAUUUCUUUUGGCAAGUUAGUUAGGACAUCUACUUUGCGUGACACAAGUCAUUUUUCCAAAAAUGGUUUACAGACAGAUUAUUUCACUUACAAUUCACUGUAUCACAAUUCCAGUGGGUCAGAAGUUUACAUACACAAAGUUGACGCAUUUAAACAGCAUGGAAAAUUCCAGAAAAUGAUGUCAUGGCUGAUUGCUAAUUGACAUCAUUUGAGUCAAUUGGAGGUGUAUCUGUGGAUGUAUUUCAAGGCCCACCUUCAAACUCAGUGCCUCUUUACUUGACAUCAUGGGGAAAUCAAAAUAAAUCAGCCAAAAAAUUGUAGACCUCCACAAGUCUGGUUCAUCCUUGGGAGUAAUUUACAAAUGCCUGAAGGUACCACGUUCAUCUGUACAAAGAAGAGUAUGUAAGUAUAAACACCAUAGGACCACGCAGCUGUCAUACCGCUCAGGAAGGAGACUUGUUCUGUCUCCUAGAGAUGAACGUACUUGGUGCGAAAAGUGCAAAUCAAUCCCAGAACAACAGCAAAUGACCUUGUGAAGAUGCUGGAGGAAACGGGUACAAAAGUGUAUAUAUACACAGUAAAACGAGUCCUAUAUCGACAUAACAUGAAAGACCGCUCAGCAAGGAAGAAGCCACUGCUCAAAAACCGGCAUUAAAAAAAGCCAGACUACAGUUUGCAACUGCACAUGGGGACAAAUAUCGUACUUUUUGGAGAAAUGUCCUCUGGUCUGAUGAGACAAAAAUAGAACUGUUUGGCCAUAAUGACCAUCGCUAUGUUUGGAGGAUAAAGGGGAACGCUUGCAAGCCGAAGAACACCAUCACAACCGUGAAGCACAGGGGUGGCAGCAUCAUGUUGUGGGGGUUCUUUGCUGCAGGAGGGACUGGUGUACUUAACAAAAUAGAUGGCAUCAUGUGGAAGGAACAUUAUGGGGAUAUAGUGAAGCAACAUCUCAAGACAUCAGUCAGGAAGUUAAAGCUUGGUCGCAAAUGGGUCUUCCAAAUGGACAAUGACCCCAAGCAUACUUCCAAAGUUGUGGCAAAAUGGCUUAAGGACAACAAAGUCAAGGUAUUGGAGUGGCCAUCACAAAGCCCUGACCUCAAGCCUAUUAAAAUUGUGGGCAGAACUGAAAAAGCGUGUGCGAGCAAGGAGGCCUACAAUCCUGACUCAGUUUUACACCAGCUCUGUCAGGAGGAAUGGGCCAAAAUUCACCCAACAUAUUGUGGGAAGCUUGUGGAAGGCUACCUGACACGUUUGACCCAAGUUAAACAAUUUAAAAGGCAAUGCUAACAAAUACUAAUUGAGUGUGUGUAAACUUCUGACCCACUGGGAAUGUGAUGAAAGAAAUUUCACAUUCUUAAAAUUUAAAGUGGUGAUCCUAACUGACCUAAGACAGAGAAUUUUUACUAGGAUUAAAUGUCAGGAAUUGUGAAAAAUGUAGUUUAUAUGCAUUUGGCUAAGGUGUAUGUAAACUUCCAACUUUAGGUUUUAAAUCAAUGUCUGCAUAUGUACCAGUCAAAAGUUCCAAUGUUCUUUAUUUUUCCUAUUUUCUACAUUGUAGAAUAAUAGUGAAGAUAUCAAAACUAUGAAAUAACACAUGGAAGGAAUCAUGUAGUAACAGAAAAAGUGUUGAAGAAUCUCAAAUAUAUUUUGAUUUAUUUAAUGUAGCCACCCUUUGCCUUGACAACAGCUUUGCACACUUGGCAUUCUCUCAACCAGCUUAAUGAGAUAGUCACCUGGAAUACAAUUAACAGGUGUGCCUUGUUAAUUUGUGGAAUUCAUGUCCUCAAUGCGUAUGAGCCAAUCAGUUGUGUUAAGGUAGGGUUGGUAUACAGAAGAUAAAUCUAUUUGGUAAAAUACCAAGUCUUUAUUAUGGCAAGAUCAACUCAAAUACGAAAAGAGAAACGACAGUCCAUCAUUACUUUAACACAAUCCGGAAAAUGUAAAGAACUUUGGAAGUUUAAGUGCAGUUGCAAAAACCAAGCGCUAUGAUGAAACUGGCUCUCAUGAGGACCACCACAGAAAGGAAGACCCAGAGUUACCUCUGCUGUUCAUUAGGGUUACCAGCCUCAGAAAUUGCAGCCCAAAUAAAUAAUUCAGAGUUCAAGUAACAGACACAUCUCAAUAUCAUCUUUUCAGAGGAGACUGUGAAUCAGACCUUCUUGGUCGAAUUGCUCCAAAGAAACGUCAGCGGGGCGGCAGUGUAGCCUAGUGGUUAGAGCGUUGGACUAGUAACCGAAAGGUUGCAAGAUCAAAUCCCCAAGCUGACAAGGUACAAAUCUGUCGUUCUGCCCCUGAACAAGGCAGUUAACCCACUGUUCCUAGUUAAACCACUACUAAAGGACACCAAAAAGAAGAGACUUGCUUGGGCAAAGAAACACGAGAAGAAACACGAGCAAUGGACAUUAGACCGGUGGAAUUCUGUCCUUUGGUCUGAUGAGUCCAAAUUUGAGAUUUUUGGUUCUUUUGUGAGACACGGCGUAGGUGAACAGAUGAUCUCUGCAUGUGUGGUUCCCACCGUGAAGCAUGGAGGUGUGAUGGUGUGUGGGUGCUUUGCUGGUGACCUUGUCUGUGAUUUAUUUGAAUUCAAGGCACACUUAACCUGCUUGGCUACCACAGUAUUCUACAGCGAUACCCCAUCCCAUCUGGUUUACACUCAGUCCCACUGUCAUUUGUUUUUCAACAGGACAAUGACCCAAAACACACCUCCAGGCUGUGUUAGGGCUAUUUGACCAAGAAGGAGAUUUAUGGAGUACUACAUCAGAUGACCUGGCCUCCACAAUCACCCGACCUCAUCCCAAUUUAAGAUGGUUUGGGAUGAGUUGGUCCGCGGAGUGAAGGAGAGCAGCCAACGAGCUCAGCAUUUCAAAUUGUAUUUGUCAUGUGUGCCAAAUACAACAGGUGUAGACCUUACCGUGAAAUGCGUACUUAAAAGCCCUUAACCAACAAUGUAGUUCAAGAAGUAGUGUUAAUGAAAUAUUUACUAAAUUAACUCAAGUAAAAAAAAUCUAAUCAAUCAAAAUAAGACGAUAACGAGGCUAUUUGCUGGGGGUACCAGCAUUGAGUCAAUGUGUGGGGGUACAGGUUAGUCGAGGUAAUUUGUAAAGUGACUAUGCAUAGAAAAUAAACAGCGAGUAGCAGCAGUGUAAAGACAAAGGGAGGGGGAGGUGGACCCAUGCCAAGUCUUUUCAGUCUCCUGCGGUGGAAAAGGUGUUGCUGUGCCCUCUUCACAACUGCCUUCGUGUGUUUGAACCAUGAUAGUUUGAUGUUGACACCAAGGAACUUAACUCUCGACCCGCUCCACUUCAGUCCCGUCAAUGUUAAUGUGGGCCUGUUCGGACUUCCUACAGUCCACGAUCAGCUCCUUUUGUCUUGCUCACAUUGAAAGGUUGUUGUCCUGGCACCAAACUACCAGGUCCCUGACCACCUCCCUAUAGGCUGUCUCAUCUUUGUUGGUGUCGUCAGAACUUAAUGGUGGUUUUGGAGUCGUGCUGGCCACACAGUCGUGGGUGAACAGGAAAUACAAGAGGGGACUAAGCACUCAUCCUUGAGGGGCCCCAGUGUUGAGGAUCAGUGUGGCAGAUGUUAUGUUGCCUACCCUUACCACCUGGGGCGGCCUACCCUUACCACAUGUGGGAACUCCUUCAAGACUGUUGGAGAAGCAUUCUACGCAAAGAUGGUUGAGAGAAUGCCAAGAGUGUGCAAAGCUGUCAUCAAAACAAAGGUUGGUUACUUUGAAGAUUCCUAAAUAUAAAAUAUAUUUUUUGAUUUAACACUUUUUCUUGGUUGCUACAUGAUUCCAUAUGUGUUAUUUCAUCGUUUUGAUGUCUUCACUAUUAUUAUACAAUGUAGAAAAUAGUCAAAUAUAAAGAGAACCUUGAAUGAGUAGGUGUGUCCAAACGUUGGACUGUUACUAUAUGUGUAUGGUUUCCUUCUGGAUUUUACUAAACAUGAAAUGGUGGUUACUACAUCGGUAAGAAAGUGGUGACCUAUAAAUCUAAUACUCAUUCUAAAGCAAUUCCUCCACUGAUGUUUCAGAAUUUAGGAUACAGGCCUGUGAAUGAGCAGCCCAGUAAGUAAAGCUUUGCUGUACUGUUCUAACACAGAGAUGCAUAGUUCAGUGGUAAAGCUUGUUCUUUAGAGCAAGCAGAUGGUGCUAUUAAUUAAACUACCAAACCAAAUUGUCUCUGACACGUCACAACAGACAACAUCAUAGAAAGAUAGACUUCUGGAUUUGUGACUUCUCAAGCCAUCAGCAAUAUCAACACCAUUGUUUUAUUUCUGCAGUUUCUGCAGUUUGCACGAUGCCACUUCAGAUGUUUGCAAGUGGUGAUUCGAUGUACUAUCAGGAUCUAGAGCGUAUUUUGUUUUCAUAUAUACUCCUUGUUUUAUUUUUCUUCCAAACUUGUACGCAACAUUGAAAAUUAAGUAGAUUUGGUACUACUUAUAUUCAAAAUAACACCGGGUCAACCCUGGAAUUCAUUGUACUCUGCAUAAAUUGCUGUGUGAGGUUUUGUUAUAUUAAUCAUUGUUUACAAAUAUCAACCAAACUGAGUUAACAUCAUGUUCUGCAAUUUGUUUACCAUUUGGAAUGUUGUCGUUUUUAACCCUUUUUCUAUCGCACCCUUCAAGCAAUCCUGAUUUGUCUGCUUCCUAUGUUCCAAAAGGUUGAGUAAAAAGAAAAAAGGAAUUUUGUGACAAUUGUUAUUCAUCGACUAAAGCUGUUGUAGAUGGCCGUACAAUAGUCUUUUAUGGUUUAUUCUGAUGUACGGUGUCUGUUUUCUUGUGGGCAUGGUGUUUUCACACAAGCCUUUCAUAUUUCUGUAUUUCUCAAGGUCAUACUGUUAGUCUUCCCAAACUUUUUUUUUUUUUUAUACUACUACUUUUUUUUAUCAGAGUACCUUGCUGUCUGCUUUGCUUGUGUUUGUGUUCGAUGGGGAGUUUUUAAUUAUUUUCUUUUUUUAAGCGGUGUGGCAUGGUGAGUGGAUGACUGGAGAGUUUGCAUAGUCUUAUGAUAGAACAUUUAUGAGAAGAAAAAAUAUCAAAUUCAAGCAUAUUUCCUGUAUGUAUAAAUUAAGAUUUGUAUGAUUAAAUUAACACUGACACAAAUAA